AAAAAUUUGGAAAAUGACAGGGUUUGGCUCAUCAUGUGGAGCAUGCAAAUUCUUAAGGAGAAAGUGUGCUAGUGACUGUGUAUUUGCUCCUUACUUUUCUUAUGACCAAGCUUCAAGCCAUUUUGCAGCUGUGCAUAAGGUUUAUGGUGCUAGUAAUGUGUCGAGACUAUUGUCACAUCUUCCUAUUCAAAAUAGAAGUGAUGCUGCCAUCACUAUAUCUUAUGAAGCAUUGGCUCGCAUGCAAGAUCCUAUAUAUGGCUGUGUUGCGCAUAUCUAUGCAUUGCAACACCAGGUUGCAAGCUUGCAAGAGGAGAUAGGUAUUCUUGGAAGUGUAAUGGCAAAUUAUAAUCCAAGUGUUAGUGUUGGGAAUUGUGGAAAUCAUGUCCAAGCACCAAUGGACUCAAACUUAAACAAUGGAACACAAUAUUACCAUAAUCAAAGUUUUGAAUCAUACAUGGAUAUGGAGCUAUUUCCAAAUGCACCUGGAUUGGAAGAGCCUUUAUAUGGUGAUUUCAACUCAAAUCCAUUAGAGAAAUUCCUAUCAGGAAUUGAUCAAGAAGGGUUCCUGAACCACCCUUGGUUCAAGCAUAAUGCAAACAUGAAGAACUAG